ACACCGUUUUUGCAUGUGCAGUUGGGCUCCCCCUUAUCGGCUCUGCAGGUCUGCUUCUCCGCGGCGCAAAGCAGAGGGUGCCAUGGCUACCGUAGUCGCAAACCCUUCUCCCAGGCUUCUUAUCAGUAGUGGCAGAAGGUCCUGUCACACAGUCAUGUCUUCGUCUUCUUAUUCUUCCUCCUCUCCGUCGCUACGGUCUCUGAGAUAUGCAGUGCUUGGAGCUGGCUUUUCCGGGCUUUCGGUGGCCUGGCAUUUGUUGCAGCACAGUCCUAAAGAGUUGCAUCUGGGAAUUGACAUUUUUGAUGAAGUUGGCAUUGGAGGUGGUGCAUCUGGUGUUUCAGGAGGACUACUCCAUCCUUAUUCGCCCAAAGUUAAGCUUCUCUGGGGGGGUGCAGAAUGUUGGAAAGAGUGUUUAAAGCUUUUAAGAAUUGCAGAAACUGCAGUAAGUUCCAGUGAAUCAGGCUGUGGAACUGAAGACUCUGUCCAUAAUCCUAAAAGUUUCAUGGUUCGAAGAAGGGGUAUCUUGCGACCAGCUACGAACUUGAAGAAUUUGACUGUUUUGAAUGAUAAUGCUCAGCAAUGCCUUGCAAGUUGCAGAAUAGAAACCAUCGACAAUCAUGUUGCCCAGAAUCUAGUGCCCAAUAUAUGCAUCCCUUUCAAUUCAGCUUUUUAUAUGCCUGAAGCUAUAACUAUCUAUCCUCAAAGCUAUCUACAGGGUCUCUUUUCAGCUUGUGAAAAUCUCGCAAAAGAAAUGUCUACUUCAAAUUUUGGCAAAAAAGAGUUAUGUUUGCACAAGAAAUCUAUCGAGAGACUUAAUGAACUAGCAGAUGAAUAUGAUGCUGUGAUAAUUUGUCUUGGAGCCAGGGCAGACAUGCUUCCAGAGCUGUCCGGAAGACUUCCGUUCAGAACAUGCAGAGGAGUCAUCACUCACCUGCAGCUUCCUGAUGAUAUUGGGGAAAGUUAUCCAGACCACAGCCCCUCAAUCUUGUCAGAUGCUUGGCUUGCUUUCCAAGAGCGCCGCAGUGUGUAUGUGGGCUCAACAUGGGAGUGGAGAUCAAGGAAUUAUUCACCAAAUGUCUCACCCCAGGAAGCAUCAAAUGCCCUUCAAGAGCUUCUACCAAAGGCAUCUGCCAUUUAUCCUAGUCUUUCAUCUUGGAUUUUCACUGGUGCAAGGGCAGGACUGAGGGCAAUGCCCCCACUCACCCCACAUGGAUCGCUUCCACUUUUGGGUUGUGUUGAUGAUUUUGUAGGUCAAAACCGUAGCUGUAAAUACUGGUUCUUUGGAGGUCUUGGUGCAAGGGGUUUGCUGUACCACGGGUGGCUUGGCAAAUUGAUUGCACAAGCUGUGAUUUCUUGUAAUGAAGAAGUAAUUCCUCAGGAACUAACCUCUUGGAAGAAGAGCAGCAAUAAACAAGAAUCUCACAGUAUGCUGGGUUAGCAUUUUUAUUUUUCCUGUUCUCAUUGAUGAAUACACACCCUCUUAAUCCAGUGA